CAUCCACCCUGGGAAGAAGAUGUCCAGGCACCAAGGCGACUGGGCGCAGACGACGGCACGCGUGUUGAGCCAUGUGCUGAUGGUAUCACGAGUCGCAGAGCGGACCAUCACGGCCCAGGACCAAGCUGCCAUCGACAAGGUCUGGGCGCAUGUGGGUGUGCGGCGUGAUGAGUACGACGAUUCUGGUCAAUGGAAGAAGGUCGCGCCGGUGCGACGCGAAGGCGUGCGACAGCGGCUGGUUGACGGUUAUAGGGACGCAUUCCGCGCCUCGGACCCGAAACGGCUCGGACGGUCGGACGCGCCUCGCACCGCUUUCUUGCCGGGCGGUCGCGCCUCGCGCGCCGGACAGGCCCGGAGGGAAUUCAAGCGAGCGCACCUCUUGGAUUGGGGAAACCGGCUUCUCGCCGCCGAAGCGGCCAACGUAGCGCCGCCGCCACCGCCACCGCCGCCGCCCGCCGCCGAAGAAGCUGCCGCGAGCGUCGCCAGCGAGUCCUCGGACGAAGAUUCUACGGACCCGGACACAAUCAGUCCCACAAUCGCAAGCCUGCCCGAAGACACCCGCGCGACGGUCGUGGCCAUCAUGGAGCGCGCUGCGGCCGAGGGCUACGAGCUCUCGGACUGGGACGAGCUCCUCCGUUACGCGCGGAACCGCUACGUCGAGGCCGCGGUGGACCCGGACCGCUACGUCGAGGCAGCGGAUGAGCUCGGCGCGGUGAAUGCGGCCAGGGAUAGGAUUAUCGCGAAGGCGGCGCCAAGCGAGAGUGUGAGUAGAAGCCGGUCGGGCCGUGACGGGGCUUCGGUGAUGUCGGAUUCCAGCCUGUUUUCCCGCCUAUUGGAGUUGAGCCUAGAUUCGGAGCGAGAGGCGCUGCGGCACCUGCACAGCGACCUGCUCGGCGACCGCGUCCGCGUCCACACCAUUCCGGGCCUGAAGAUGAAGAAAAAGAAAAAGAAGGUGAAAAAGGCGAUCGCGAAGGAGCUGAAUCGUUGGGGAAAGAAAAUAGAGAAGGCGUUCAAGAUGUAAAAGGCGGCAGAAGAUCGAGCCGCUCUACGAUAGAUUCAAUCCGGAGGGGUCGUGGCGGCUGUCGAAGCGGCGCGGCUAGCUAUCGUUUUCCCCCGAGUCUAACUACUGUUCUCUGUU